UUGCAAAUUCAGAAUUGUCAAAGUACAUGACAAAGGAAAGACAAAGUUGCCAACAAAAGUACGAUAUAACAGUGAGAGGAUUAUGAAGCUGAAAUAUGGAGUACAGGGUAUUUUUUAAAAUUAAAGUCUUGUAGCAAUAUACAUUAUUUUCUUCAUAAAAACAUGGCGGAACAAGAACGCUCCUGCGCCUGCGCGCGCAUGCGCCUCGGUAAUGCGUGUACCAACUGACAGCCCGAAACAUGGCCGUGGUUCCUGUGUUUUUAUCCUUGAUACCGGCGUUUUGGUAAUGGGGUGCUGGCGACUCUGACGAUGGUGUGCUUAUGGCGGGUUUCGGCGCUGCUCCGCCCUCGCGCUGUGGACUACCGUGGCCUUGUUUCCUCGCGGGGGCCGAGCGUGUGCUCGCCGGACUUUGGAUCAUGGCGGGACGCACGGACACCUGUGACAGAACGCACGAGGCUCAGACCCUGUCCCGCUACCUGGGCCUUUGGACCAAAAGGUUUGCAAACCGGUGCUCGUUGCUGGACCUCUUGGACCCACAGGUCUGGACCAGUAGACGCUCUUGAAGCCGUCCGACUUCAGAGAGGUCACCAAAGGUCUGCGAGGGAUGUGGUUCUGACGGGAGUCGCUCGAGACUUCUGCACCAAGGACACGGGUUCCACGGAGAGUGAUCCUGCUGCCACAAGUGAUUCGCCAAUACCAGGACACGGUCUUUUCAAAUUUAAGGAGCUGCAUGAAAACCCGUGGACCAUCCCCAACCUGUUGUGUGUGUCCCGGAUCAUCCUGGCUCCGUUCCUGGGUCACCUGAUCAUCCAGCAGCACUUUCACCUCAGCCUCGCUCUGUUCACACUAGCUGGAGCCACUGACUUGCUGGACGGCUUCAUUGCCAGAACCUGGCCGACGCAGAAGUCGGCGCUGGGAAGUGCCCUCGACCCUCUGGCUGACAAAAUUCUCAUCAGUGUUUUAUACGUCAGUCUCACCUAUGCAGAGCUUAUCCCAGCUCCUCUCACGGCGCUGGUUAUUUUCCGGGACGUUGGCCUCAUCGCAGCGGUCUUCUGGGUCCGAUACAAGACCGUCCCUCCUCCGGUGACCCUCAGUAAGUUCUUUAACCCGUGCUACACCACCGCUCAGCUCAAGCCCACGCUCUUCAGUAAGAUCAACACCGCCAUUCAGCUGGUUCUGGUCGCGGCUUCGCUGGCUGCCCCCGUCUUCCACUUCACCGACUGCAUCCUGCUGCAGUGUUUGUGGUACGUCACUGCAGUCACAACAGCUGCUACUGGUUACAGCUACUGGCACUACGGCCGAAAGACUGUCCGAGUUUUGAACAGCAAGCCGCCUCCAUGACAGCAGCAGCAGCAGCAGCAGCAGGAGGAGGAGGAGGAGAGACGGUGGGCGCCGCAGCACUGAGGGCUGUGGGCUGCGCUGCGCAGGACGUGUCAGUGUCAGGUGACCCAGCAGCCCAGCUUUAUUCCCACCAUUCAACACAACCACUGUCGCCACAUUGUCUAUUUUGUACAUCAAGGAUUUGU